CCACCAACACCACUCCUACCACCAUGCCUGAACCAGCGACUGGGUCAAAAAGUGGACACCAGCCUCAACAACUCUGACAAGGUAAGAAUCCGGAUAGCUUCUUCUUUGGCCCAAGCGCUCAUCGCACUUUCAGAAACUUCGACGAUUGUGAGCUCAUCAGACUUUGGACUCGCUGCUCGCUGCUCGCGCGACUUCUUUGCAUGCAUGGGAAGCGCAGGUGAUGCGCUCCGAGACAAGCAUGGUGAACGCCGCACCAGCACAGCAGCAGCAAGACCAAUCAGUGUCUCCUCAAGCUGGUCCAUCAAAAGUAGACGGGGCAUCCUUUUCGCUGGCGCCUGAUCCCGGCAGCAGCAGCGGCAGCAGCACGACGAGCAGGAAUGCCCAGCUCUCUCAUUCCAUUCCCGCUUUGCGUCAGAUUCACGUCUCGAACGCUGCAUCCAGUCAGGCACAAGAUUUCACGUCCAAGUUGGCCCGAGCUAGAGCCGAAGCGCGUCGAAGGGAACACAACUCAUCGCUCCAGCAACACGCAAAGAAUCCACGCGGAAUUCGUGCGCCUGUUUCAGCGCACUCUAAUGCACAAAGUCUGGCAAUCGGACCUGCGAACGCUUACCUGUCUUCAUUGCCUGAUGAGGAGAAGAUCAGCCGAGCGAGGGACAGAGCGAUGGAAGGGAUGGUCAGGGGACAAUUUGCUGGACCCACGCCCAGAGGCUGGAGAGAGGAUCUGAUCGGCGGAAGUUCGGGACUGAGCGGGGAGUAUAGAAGCAGAAACCUUCCACCGCAUCUGCUCCAUGGCGUUCGCUCCGCCACCGAGGCGAGCGCGAAGAAAGGCAAGAGGCGCGCUGAACAUUCGCCAGUCGGUCUCCCCGCUCGAGAUGGUCACGCGCCGCUCUACGCAUCGGUGCGGAGAACAAGACUCGCAAAGGGCUUCAAGCUGUUCUUGCACGAGACCCUCGACCUGCGCGGUCCCUCGAGCGAGCCUGGAUCGAGUAUGGACGAAGCAGAUCUCAUCACUUCACCAAGGCGCUCUCCGCUUCUGUCGCUGACAGACCUCACACUGAUAGCUCUCUCCGAGAAUCUGUGUUGCGGGGCCGUCGCUGCACAAGAAGCUGCCACAUCUUUGCCCUUUCAUCUCUUGCUUCGAUUAUUGGCCAUCUGUGGUCGAGACGCGCUUGGCAAACCUUUGAGCAACAGCACGAUCAAGGUGCUGCUCAUGCCCGGGCAUGUCGAAGAUGAUGAUCUGCGGGAAGGGGGAAGCGGACUUGCAAGCGCGGCGGGCGAACUGCGAGUGUGCGAUGCCUCGUUGGACGCUUCAUCUACGUCUGAUAAGUUGGACGACUGGGAGAGUGCAGAAGAUGCGUGGGAACCCGCUUUACUAGAUUUCACAUCUUCUGGCAUCCGAGCCAGCACCUUGCGCGGCGUUCUCGGCUUCGAUCGCGCGGACGCACAGGAUUCUAGAACGACAGCAAGUUCUGAAGGCAAUGUUGUCCAGCUCAGCACACAUCUGACUUCUACUCCUCGCACUUCGGUCAACGUUUGGCUCAGACACAUUUCCUUGGCUGAAUGCUCAAUCAGCAACCUUCCAAGGUAUUUGUGCUGUCCCAACUUGGAAUCACUGUCCCUCGCCGGGUGCGAUGCCACGAUCCUCCUCUCUACAUCCGUCAUUCCCGCAUCAGCCUCGGGGAUCUUGCAGGCCGAUGUGGACGUCAUGCGGACGACGACGACGACGGAUGCGGAGCUGACGGCCGGCCUACGAAAACUUGCACGUGCCACUCCAAAGCUGUGCAAGUUGGAUCUGAGCCAUUGCAAUUGGGUGAAUGCGAGGGUACUGGGAGCAGUGGGCUGGUGGAGCAUCUCUCCUUGCACAUCUAUCGAUUUUCGAUCCUCUUCGAGCACUCGCGCUGCAUGCUCGAUGAGCGAGGAGCGUGGAUGCAGAGGGACGUGGUCGGAAAUGAAGAUGCUGCUGGUUCGAGCUCCUGCAUUUUGGCCCGGCGAGGUGUUCGAAGAUGAGCCCUCGAUCGCUCCGAGCGGCAAGAAGGGCACUACAAAGCCCAUAGACGCUUACCCUUGCGAGCCGUCAGAACCUUUUGUGGCCCCAUGGCACGCCGCCAAUUUCCUCACCUCGGCUGCGGGCUGGAGGCGCGCAGAAGCGAGCCAGAUUGCCGCUGGUGCUGCUGGCUGGACAGUGAGCGCUCGGCCAGGAUUGCGGAGCAGAAGAGACGUUCAGGGAGCGCGCGUGGAUGAUCCGUGGGAUUCUACGCCCAGCUCGGGUGCUAGUGUCAGCGGUAGCGCUAGCGCAUAUUCGCGCUCAUCGGUGCAUCAAGCCUCACUCGGGGUUGCUCACGGUGCCCCUCCUUCGAUCCUCAACAAUGUCCCGGCUGGCACUUCCGAAUCGCAUUGGUCGGACACGCACAAGGACGCCCCGCGCUGGAAAUUGCAAAGAGCACAAUUGCUCGAUGCUGUUUGGGGUCGCAACUCGCCCUGCUCGGGUGUGGGGAGGCCUAGUACGGAUGUGUUAUUUUAGCACGAAGCAGGGAAAGACCGAGCGCUCGCGCGAGGAAUUGCAUCAGACUUCCUCACUCAGAAUGCUGUGGUCUCGAGUCUGACUGAUCGUGUCCGUCGCGCAGAGCGCCAGCGCAGCCUCUUGAAAGCUCUGGGUGUGCUGUUGGUUGGACACCAAAGACUGACAGCUCUUCGCUGAUAAGCUCUUGCGUGAUGAGUCGCGAAGCAUCCACAAUCAAGAUGCAGGCAUCACAAUCGGAUUGAAGAUUCCGUGGUCGUUCGGGUGUCGAUAGCAGCCUCCACAUACUCAUCCGAAUCGCUCAAUCGUUCUCUAGCUCUCAUUCGCAGGCCCGACUCCGGCCGUGAUCCUUUUUUUCUGUUUGCUGUGCUUUAGCCGCUCGACGA